AUGAAUAAUUCCAACAACAUGUCUUCAAAUGGUGAUAAAGGACCAUUUCAAAAGCCUAUAAUAUAUACAAGUAGAGCGAAAAGUUUGAUUGCUCAAAAUAGUAGGAAUGGUUCGACAUUUAUUAAUAAUAAUGAAGUUGAAAAAAAUGUAACAACUGUUAUGGAUAAAAUAAAAAGGCUGUUUUCAAAUAAAAAUAUGAAUGAGUCUACAACAAGACUAAACAGUACUAAACUUAAAGAAGAUAGAAACAAUAAGGAAGAUAUAUCAAUAUCUAAAACAUUAAAACCUUUACCUCUUCCUAUGCAUGAUACGAAGGUUGAAUGGCAACCUGUAUAUCAUGAAACAUGCAAAAUAAAAUUACCUGUAGAAGAAAAUAACCAGAAAAUAUCUUUACCAGAAUAUUUGAUACAAGAUUGGGUGCACAAUCAAAAUAAAAUAUCUAAGAAUUUAUGUUCUUCCAAUAUGGAAAAUGAUGAAAAUGGUACUAUAAUAGACGAUUAUUUUAAUAGUAACAAAAAUGUUGAAACGAAAAAUAUUGAUAAAAAAAGUAAUGAUAAAAAAAAUAAUGAUAAAAAAAAUAAUGAUGGUAGUAGUAAUUGUUAUAGUAAUUGUUAUAGUAAUUGUAAUGAUGAGGAAGAAAAUUAUUCCAAUUUCAAAUACCACUAUAACUAUUAUUUAGUAGAUGAAUAUUUAGAAUCAUUGGUCGAAUCACAAAACAAAAUUUUGGAUGCAACUGGAUUAGAUGAACAAGGACAGUUAUAUGAAAAUGUAUGUCUAAAUGUUAAACCAAUAAUAAUGUCGAAACAGAGAUUAGAAAGUGGAGUACCUUAUGACCCAUCGAAAUUAAUGAAUUAA